CCUUGUAGCAAGAGCUUUAUGUGGGAUGUCAUGUCUUCUAGCGCUAGUGGUUUAUAAAUGGCGUAGGAGACAUUUAUCAAUGGAUGACUCUCUUGAAAAAUUCCUGCAAACUCAAAACGACCUUAUGCCAAUAAGGUACUCUUACUCACAAGUAAAAAAAAUGAGUAAAGGUUUCCAAGACAAAUUGGGAGAAGGAGGCUAUGGCACUGUGUUCAAAGGAAAAGUUCGAAGUGGUCAACUAGUAGCAAUCAAGAUGUUAGGCAAAUCAAAAGCUAAUGGACAAGACUUCAUCAAUGAAGUUGCAACCAUUGGUAGGAUUCACCAUGUCAAUGUGGUGCGUCUCAUUGGCUUUUGUGCUGAGGGACCAAAACGUGCUCUUGUAUAUGAAUUCAUGCCCAAAGGCUCCCUUGACAAAUAUACUAUCUCUCGAGAAGGAGAUAUCUCUUUAAGUUGGACCAAAAUGCAUGAGAUUUCUGUUGGCGUGGCUCGCGGGAUUGAAUAUCUUCAUCGAGGAUGUUAUAUCCAGAUCCUACAUUUUGAUAUUAAGCCUCACAAUGUACUUCUUGAUGAAAACUUUGUUCCUAAGAUAUCGGAUUUUGGGCUUGCUAAAUUGUACUCAACCGAUGAUAGCAUUGUGUCUAUCACUGCAGCGAGAGGAACAAUCGGAUACAUUGCGCCAGAGCUUAUCUACAAAAGAAUUGGAGGUGUUUCACAUAAAGCUGACGUGUAUAGUUUUGGGAUGAUGUUAAUGGAAAUGUUAGGGAAGAGGAAGAAGCUCGAUGCAAAAACGGAUAAUAAUUCAAGUCGGAUGUACUUUCCUUUGUGGGUUUACCAUGAAAUGAUUGAAGGAAAGAUUAUAGAGGUUGGGGAUGCCACUAAUGAGGAGGAGGAGAAUAUUAUUAAGAAGAUGACGGUAGUAGGAUUGUGGUGCAUACAGAUAAGGCCUUGCGAUCGUCCGUCAAUGAGAAAGGCAAUUCAAAUGCUUGAAGGACAUAUAGAAAACUUAGAAUUGCCUCCUGAGCCUACUUUUAAUAUAGAACAAGUGUCAAUAGAGGAAAUUGAAGGAACUACAAACCCGACAUGGUCAUCGUUGACAUCAGCCAACACUUCAGUAUCUGUUAGAUUGGUUAUAGGUGUAGAUUGAGUAGAUAUAAUACUAAGGAUUUUUAAGAUUGAGCCAAGAAAAUACAUUGGAACUCCACUAUAAUAAUAUAGUUUAUUUUUCAGUAUAACUGUAGAAACAUUUUCAUUUUUCAGUAUAUAUUACAUGGCUGAUCUUUUAGAAA